CCCGCUGUUCAUCUCCACUAACAGCUUAGGAGUCUUGGCUGUUGGAGUAUAAGAGAAGAGUCCUCUGCUCUGUGCGUACUUCUAUCUUCUCAGACAUUACAGUUGCCUCUCUUUUUGCCCUCUCUUAACCACACUCGUUCAUUAUCAUAACCUCUUCCUCGUCGUCAUCAAAAUGUUGUUCAAUACUCUCGCAGUAUCUUCAGUCCUUCUUGCUGUUGUUCAUGCCGCUGCUGAACCUGCUCCCUAUAAGCUUGGCUCCAUGUCUCUGAACAACGCUUUCGGCCUCUUCAAACGUCAAGCAGGAUACCAACCUACCCAAACAUACUGUGGUCCAGGAGCGGAUUGUGCCGCAUCUUGCGGUGCCGAUUACAUUCAGUGUGCUUCAUCUGAUGGGGAUUUGCAUUGCUAUGAUCCAACUAUCAAGGAGACUUGUUGUCCUGAUGGUUCUGGGAAUUCUUGCUCCGACGGGUACUACUGCACGUCUGACGCUUCAGGAAACACUUGGUGCUGUCCUGAUGGCAUGGACUUAGCAGCUUGUGCUGCAGCAUAUUCCCUCACCGGCUCCCUCGUGUCCGAAACCGCGACUUCAACCCCGUCAUCUGCUCCAUCAACCACACCUGCUUCGGUUUCCGCAUCUGCUUCGGCUUCUGCUUCGGCUUCUGGCUCAAGCUCAAGUUCGGCUGCUGCACCGACUACAACAAGCAGCUCCGCCGCAGGUGUUAGUAGCACGACUUCCAAGGUGGCUCACACUACGGCGACAUUGAACAGCACUGAUACGACAACGAGCAGCUCGCUGCCCUUGCAAGUCACCGGUGGAGCUGAUGCAAAUGUAGUUCCUGGCUUGAUGCUGUUGGCUGGAGCUUUGUUGGCUCUUUGAGCUUGAUCAGUAGGAUCCUUCUGGGAGGUAUAAUACGGAGAUACUGGGCGGUGGUCGUAUAUGGGAUGUAAUGAUAGCUGUUCAUGUGUUUGUUGUUGAAGAUUAAUAUCAAUUAUGGAAGUCUUAUACGG